CAUUCAUAAUUGGAAGAUCUCUCUCUCUCUACUUUUUCAAAAUUUCCCUCUCUCUCUCUCUCACACAGAGCAAGUGAGAAAACAACAAUGGCUGUGGAACCGUUAAGCCCUAAGCCAACAGCGCAGAGAGGUACAACCACCAACCGUCUCCAAUCACCGAACAGCCCGUUAUUUCUGGGCUCCAACGACGACCAACUCGAACGCGCCCAGGCACGCGCUGCACGCGCCGCCGCCAAUCGCCGCGUUGCCCCUACCACCACCUCUGCCGCCACCAACACCACAACAACCGACCCUUACCUUAGCAAAGAACAGAUCGUCGACUUGUUCCACAAUUGCAUUAAGCUCGCCAGCGAAAAUAAAAUAAACCAGAAGAACACUUGGGAGCUGAAGCUUAUUGAUCAUCUUAGUGAGAUUAUCAAAGUUGAAUCUGAAAAUGAUACGGAGACUAAUUUUCAAAAGGCAAGUUGCACAUUGGAAGCAGGGGUGAAAAUUUACUCAGUGAGGGUUGAUUCAGUGCACUCGGAAGCAUAUAAGGUUUUGGGAGGGAUCAACAGAGCUGGAAUAGAAGAUGAACAAGAAACUAUUUUAGAUGGUGACAAUGGGCAGGACACGGCUCACUCUAAGAAAGAGACUGCGAGGAAGAUUUCACCACUGUCAACAUUGGAAUCCUCUUUUGAAGCUCUUAAUGUAAAGAAAUUUGAUGUUGCAUUUUCAGUGGAUCCACUAUAUCAUCAGACAUCUGCACAAUUUGAUGAAGGUGGAGCCAAAGGUCUUCUACUGAAUAACCUUGGAGUGUAUGGAGGAUGUCGGGUACUUUUUGAUUCUUUUGAAGUACCAGGGAAGUGCAAAUCAUGUUCAUCCCAAAAUGAUACUUCUGAUAUGGUUGAUCUCUCUUUUGCCAAAGAGUCCAUUGAGCAGAUGGUGGUGAACAUGCGUGCAUCAAAUGAAAUUUCUCCUACUCUCAAGGAGAUUAUCUUUCAAUUUGAUAAGGAUAAUCAAAGGCCAUCACAAACAUUCAAUGUCGGUCAGCAAUCAGAUGCGACUGCUGAUGCAUAUGAUGCUAAUGAAGUUGAUUUUGAUUCUAAUUUAUUUGGGAAUAAUGAUGCAUGGACCUUUGAUCACGAGGCUGAGACAAGUUCUGUUAACCAGAGCUCCAGUUUUGGAGAUCCUAGUUUUCAAAGUCAUGAGGAGAGUGAUCCCUAUACAAUGUGUGAACCUGAUGUGGGUGACAGAUUCGAGAAAGUUUCCAUGUUUCUGUUUCAAGGGCUUGGAAUCACUUCAAAACAAAAUGCAUGGGCAGGUCCUGAUCAUUGGAAGUACCGGAGGUCUAAGGGUUCAGAGGAUACUCCUGCCCCAGAAAGUGGAUCAACCAUCACAAAUAAGAGAAUGAAGAAGAAAAUCCUCACUGAAGUUGACAUUGACUUCACAAAUUCCUUGAACAAGGAAGUGGAUGAUAUCUUUCUUCCCCCCAAAAAUCCAAAGUCCUUACUUUUACCUGCAAAUAGAGCACCAACUAGUAACAGACUUCCAGAUGAUUGCCAUUAUCAACCUGAGAAUCUUGUCAAAUUGUUUCUUCUUCCCAAUGUUCUGUGCCUUGGGAAGAGAACAUGGAAAUUUUCAGAUGCUAACUCAUGGCAAGGAAACAAUGAUUUUGGUGAAGCGUUGCCAUCAUGGGACAAUGAGAGUGUGCUUAGUGGUCAAUAUGAUGAUGGAUGUGUUCAUAAUGAUGUGGAGGAGAUAGAUGGACUUGUCUCUCAACCUCGCCGGGUAAACAAAAUUGAAGUUCAAUAUGACAAAACUUCAAAACAAGUUGAUGUACAUGCAUUGAAGGAAACUCUUUGGGGUCAGAUUCAAGAAUCUACUGAAGUUCCUGAGCCAGUGUGCGAAGAUACAAUUUCUUUCAGACAUCUCUUGUCCACCUUUCCUGCCGAAUGCCAAGCUGCUGCUCCAGAGGAUAUCUCUCCCCAUUUGUGUUUCAUCUGCCUAUUGCAUUUGGCCAAUGAGCAUGGUUUAAGCAUCCAUGAUUGCCCCACUCUAGAUGAUCUCAGAAUAUGUCUUCCGUCUUCUUUCUGAAACUCAGAUGGAGUAGUUCAGGUUUCAUCCUAUAACCAAGAUGCCACUUGAUUUUUGUAUUAUAAAAAUUGGGAAAAUAGCAUGUAUCUCUCUCUCUUUUUUUGGGUGGAAAUAGCUUGUAUCUCUUAUAUGCCUAGUUCUUGCAACCAUUCAAGCACUAGAAAUCAGAAUUCUUAAAAAAAGAAAAAGAAAUCAUAAUUGUAACAAUUAGCAGUAUUUUCUGGUCUUUGUUGUAUGAUUACGUCUUAAUUUUGUGUAUAGGUGGGUUUUAUUGUUUUCAGCAUAUCUGGCUUUGUAUAUGCUGCUAUAUGCGCACGAGUAUAGUGUUAUUUGGAAUCAUAUCUU